AUGAGUUUUGACCUAAAGGAAUCAAGGGUGGAGGUAUAUGACAGCUUCCAAGUUAACGUUGCUAAACCCCAAACAAACAAUGAUCUCUUUCUCACUGAUAUUUUGGAUACCCCUACCUCGAUAUCGCUUGUUGACAACAAUCCAAAGCCGGAUUUUAAAAUUUCAUUGAACUCCCAACCCACUGUUUCUAAGCCACGUCGAAAAAGAAAAACACUGUCAUGCGAGGUCUGUAGAAAGGCGAAGGUUAAAUGCAGAUUUUUACAGAAGGAUGUCUGUGAGCGUUGUGACAGGUUACGCUUGUCGUGUAAUUCCAAAGUCACAGAUAUUGAUACAAGCAAAGUUCAAAAUAUAGAAGGAAGUUUAGAAGUUUUAGCAAAUAAUGUAUCAAACCUAUUUAAUCUACACACUCAAAAUAUAAUCAUGUUUGAUCAAAUCAGCAAAAGGUUAGAUGCGCUAGAAGCGAAAAACCUUGAAAGUGUAAAAGAUGAUAUUUCCUUACCAUCACGUGAAGAUGAGUUAGCACCAUCUGUCCUGAUAGAGAAAGUCCGAAGUGCACUUUUGCAGAAGCCUAAUAUGGAAGAGAAAACCAAAUUUGAGAUUGCCUGUGAUCUGUUUAUCCAUUUUUACUCAGAGCAUGAAAAAAUUUGUCUAGAUCUAUCAAAGGAGUUUCUUGAUAUUUCACAUUAUUAUAUUAUACCUGGGGGCAUAAGUAUAAUCGAUAAAAAGUAUGUGUGCGAACAUCCUUUGAUUACUUGCGUAUUUGUGAACAUUGCCUUGAUGUUGUCAGCAGACUAUAAAAACUCCCAAAUUCAUCUAGAAAUUUGUUCAAUCUUGAAGAAAAUGAUAUCUUGUAUUAACGAAGAUUCAGAGAUUUCAGAUCAUGAUAUUGAGGCCAUAUUGUACGCCUGCAUGUAUGAUAUUGGUACUUUUGAUAAGUGGAUAUUAAGUAGUAUAGGUAUUAUGAGGUACUUUCUAUCAAUUGAUGCUUCUAAAAUCAUUAAAAGGGUAGGUUCAGGAAUCUUCACCGACGAUGAUUUAUUUCACCUUCGAAUAUUCAACGCGUUAAGUGCUUGCCAUUUGAGGAUAGCAAUAGAAACAGGUAGGAGUGCCAUGUACGAUGAGAACCAUUGGCUAUUACAUGAAACUACUGUUAAAUUUCCAAAUGCCACUGUUGGAGAUGCGAUACAAGUAGCACAAGUUGAGCUUUUCAGAUUGUUUACAAAGGUCUUGGAGCAGCAAAACAAGUUUUUUAUUGACAGCUUCAAUUUUGAAUUUGAUGGUUCCAACGUUUUAAGAUGUAAGCGACUUGAAGAGUGGAGAACAAAAUGGGAGAAAAUAAUCGAUAAAGACGUGUCACGUAUUUGUAUGUAUUCGUACCUCUUUAUUUGUGUCUUGAUGAUUGAAAAAUAUCAACACCUAAGAAAAGAAAAGGUAAUUAUGAGCAGUAUCCACUAUGCGUCAUAUGUUCUCAUUCUUUUUACUAGCACUACCAGCGAGUUUGUAAGAGGGUUACCAAUGUUGCAAAUAAAUGGGAUUGUCUACGUAUGUGUUGUUUUAUUUAAAGACCUUGAGUUCAUGGAUAUCCAAACCAGAGAGGCUACCAUCAAAUUGAUUUUCAGAACUUACUGGAAUCUGCAUAAGAUGGGGCAAAAAACAAACGAUGCUAUUGCAACAAUCGCCAAUAUUAUUUGCAAAUUAGUUGAACUUGCCCAGCAGAACCGAAAGUUAAGUCUAUUAUCAGUGCAGGAAGAUGAUGUUUCAGGAUUGUCAAACAAUACAUCUAAUACUGCAAGUGGAAAAGAAGAAACACGGGAUUUUGUAGGUAGUGGAUCUGUGACUAAUAGUGUAAAAUACAUGGGUCAUGAUAGGAAAAGAAGAAAAAGUCAGCAACAAACUAAAUUGAGCUAUGAAGAUCUGCCCCUUAACACAUCAUCAGUACCGAGGGAUAAUGGAACACCAUUAGAUUUGAUGCAAUUGUUGCAGACUCCAAAUUCCUCUUUACCAAUAAAUGUUGAUGACACUCAACUUGAACAGUUUCUAUCUAAUUUACCCGAGACUCUGCCUAGUCUUAACACUAUAUUCUCACCUCAAGGAUGA